CCUAAGCCCUUUGGGUCACCGACCGGACAGAUGGUGCUGGGCCUUGUGACUCCAGGAAACGGGCAUGGAUUGGUUCUCCCAGCAAUUUUAUUUGCCUGCUCUUAGUGAAGCGCCGUGCUGAGCGCAGGGGCUGCACAGGUCACUGUGUCCCCAGCCCUUAGAGGUGCCAGGAUUCAUAUUAGAGCUGAAAUGAACGCAGCCCCCGAGGGGAGGACCUCCUCCUGGAAAGCAAACAGAUAAUUACUGCAGGGUGUGGUUCCUGGUUUCAGAAAAGAUGGCAGAGGAACUGGAUCUCUCGGGACAGGACUCUGAUGCGGGGAGUGAGGAGGUGGUCCUGACCCCUGCAGAGCUCAUUGACAGGCUGGAACAGGCCUGGAUGAAUGAAAAGUUUGCCCCUGAGCUGCUGGAAAACAAGUCAGAAAUCGUAGAAUGUGUCAUGGAGCAGCUGCAGCACAUGGAAGAAAAUCUCAGGAGGGCCAAGAAAGGCGACCUGAAGGUCAGCAUCCAUCAGAUGGAGAUGGAGAGGAUCCGCUUCAUCCUGAGCAGCUACCUGCGGUGUCGGCUCAUGAAGAUAGAGAAGUUUUUCCCUCACGUCCUUGAAAAGGAGAAAACACGCCGUGAGGGGGAGCCUUCCAGCCUCUCUCCGGAAGAGUUUGCCUUUGCCAGAGAGUACAUGGCUAACACAGAGAGCUACCUCAAGAAAGUUGCCUUAAAGCACAUGCCUCCUAAUUUACAGAAGGUGGACCUCUUGCGGGCAGUUCCCAAACCAGACCUGGAUUCAUAUGUGUUUCUGAGGGUGAAAGAGCGACAAGAAAACAUACUGGUAGAACCGGAAACAGAUGAGCAGAGGGACUAUGUGAUCGACCUGGAGGAGGGCUCACAGCACUUGAUCCGAUACAAAACCAUCGCACCCCUGGUCGCUUCUGGAGCCGUACAGCUGAUUUAAAACCGGAAGCAGCUCACCCAGAGUGAGGACAUGGGACGUUAGAGGGCGUAUUUGGAAACCCCACGUGUC